GCUUGAAAAUACCAAAUUCGAGGCGAAGAACUCUCUCCUACUCUGUCUCAUCUCGCUCUCUCUCACACACAGAUACACACAGUACCCCAUUGAUAUCGCCUUCUCUCUAUAUUUCCACACUUCUCUCACUUUGCGGAGCUUCGUAACAUCCGACACAUGUCUAGUCAUAGGGAAAGGGGAAAAUUAGGGUUAGGGUUUUGAAGAGAUUUCACCAUGGAGGUCGAAGAAGAAAAUAACUCAAAGCACCUUCAAGAAUCGACGACAGCCGUAUCAAAUGAAAGUUUGUUAGAAAAUAAUAGCAUGAAUGAUACAGAAUUAGAAAUAAAGGCACCAGAAUCGAACACUCAAGAAGAGCAAGGAGAAAAAUCAUCUGUUUUAUCCCCUAAAUUGGACGAUCCAAAUCCUUUUGACGCGGUUGCAGUGGGGGAAACAGCGGAGGAGAAGGUGGUUAUUGUUGAAUGCGAGAACUCAGAGCAAACGGGUGGAUGUUGGAACUCGGUGGUGGUCGAGCCUACGAGUUUGUUGAAAGACGAGAAGAAAGGAGCCGAGGGUGCUGCAAAUGAUGGAAUUUCUACCUCUGAUGUUGCUGCUACGGAGCGUGGUGGUAGCGAAUUAACAAAUUCGACCAAAGUUGACGUUGGAGAGUGUGAAGCAGCUGUAAUUGUGCGAGAUAAUGGUUUAGAUGCAGUCGAAGAAAAUGCCAAUAACAGCGAGGAGGUUACCAAUACAAAUGGUUCGUUCGCGAUUCAGAAUGAUAAAGACGGAAGUGAAGAUAAAAUGGAGACUGUGAAAGUGGAGGAAGCUGGCGAGACGAUGAAAGAGGGCGGAGGAGUGGAUGUUCCGCUGGUGCCAGUUUCUGAAAUUGAUGAAAGAGAGGAAGUGAUGGCGGAUGUUAAGAUAUCAGGUGACGAAAUUGUUCUAGGAGAUGAAGCAAUCACAGAGAGUCAGGUUGAUGUCCAAGAUGCGGAGGCAGAAGUUGUUGCAGACGAAGAGGAAGGUCUUGAGGAAGGAAACACGACCGACGACGAGAACGCUGCUGGUGCUGCAGAAAACGAGGAUGAAGAGCCAACGUUGGCAGAUGAGGAGAAAUCAUUAGAUACAGAAUUGGAGACCGAUGAAGAAGCAACCAUGGCUGAUGAAGAGAAAGCCCCAACGGAGGAGAUGGAAACGGAAUUGACAGAGUCGGUUGUUAAGCGUGGCAGAAAGAAACGGAAAAGAGGAGGGAAGAACUCAAAAGCUACCCCCAAGUCUACAGUUGGGCGUAAGAAGAUAAUUGACGAAGAUGUUUGCUUCAUUUGCUUUGAUGGCGGAGACCUUGUGCUAUGCGAUAUGAGGACUUGCCCUAAAGCUUAUCACCCUUCUUGUGUUAACCGAGAAGCCGCUUUCUUCCAAACCAAGGGUCGAUGGAAUUGUGGUUGGCAUCUAUGUAGUACCUGUGAGAAGAAGGCUGAAUACAUGUGCUAUACAUGCACCUUUUCCUUGUGCAAAUCAUGUAUCAAAACCAAUGUUAUAUUAUGUCUCAAAGAGAAAGAGAAGAAAGGUUUUUGUGAGACUUGCAUGAAAACCAUCAUGCUAAUUGAAAAAAACUCUCAGGAAAAUCAAAAUCAGGGUGAUGUAGAUUUUGAUGACAAGAACAGCUGGGAAUAUCUAUUUAAAGAUUAUUGGAUAGACAUGAAAUCCAAACUCAAUCUUUCAUUACCCGACCUUCUUGAGGCCAAGAAUGCUUGGAAAGGAUUCGAUCCAGCUGGCAAGAAAGACCCGCCAGCUGUACACUCCGAAGGUGGUUCAGGCUCAGAAAACCCUUCCUCCUCCCCUUCCCCUUCCCUACAAACAAAAAAGAAGCGAAUAAGAAAGCCUAAAAAGCUCAAAGAAGAUCUGAAAAACACCGAUUGGGCAUCAAAAGAGCUUCUAGAAUUCGUGGCCCACAUGACAGGUGGCGACACGUCAUUUCAAACACAGUUUGAUGUCCAAGCUCUCUUGCUUGAGUACAUUAAAACAAACAAACUUCGCGAUUCGCGUCGCAAAAGUUAUAUAAUUUGUGAUGCAAGACUCGAAAGACUUUUUGGAAAACCACGUGUUGGACAUUUUGAGAUGUUGAAGCUUCUAGAAUCCCAUUUUCUUAUCAAAGAAGAUUCUCAGAUAGAUGAUGUACAACUACAAGGGGACACUGUUGACACUGAUGUUGUCCAGGUGGACAAUGAUGAUGAAGGUAAUGAGAAUGUGAAAAGUGGGAAAGAUAAUAAAAAACGUAAAAUUCGCAAGAAAGUUGACCGAGAACCUCAGUCAAACCGUGAGGAUUAUGCUGCAAUUGAUACACACAAUAUAAAUUUAAUUUACAUGAGAAGGAAGUUGGUGGAGGAUUUACUUAAAGAUAAUGAAACAUUUCAUAAAAAAGUUUUUGGGACUUUUGUUAGAAUAAGGAUUCCUGGUUCUCAUAAUAAGAGUGACAUAUAUAGACUGGUUCAAGUUACAGGGACUAUCAAAACGGAGGAAUAUUCAGUUGGCAAACAGAAGACUGAUUCCAUGCUUGAAAUAUUGAAUCUUGACAAAACAGAAUCUGUAUCCAUUGAUACCAUUUCAAAUCAAGAAUUCACAGAGGAUGAAUGCAAGCGUCUAAGGCAAAGUAUAAAGUGUGGAUUGAUAAAUAGGCUGAAAGUGGGAGACAUUCUGGAUAAAGCCAUGGAUCUUCAAGCUGCAAGAGUUGAUGAUUGGCUUGAAUUGGAGGUUUUGCGCCUUAGUCAUCUUCGUGAUCGAGCAAGCGAUUUAGGGCAAAAACUACAAAUUUUGAAGACACCUGAAGAACGUGCUCGUAGGCUAGAAGAUUUACCUGUAAUACAUGAUGAUCCUACUAUGGAUCCAAAACAUGUGUCUGAAGAUGACACAGAUGAAGAUGACAAGAAACAAGAUACAUACAAAAGCUCUGUGGGCCCCAGAUUUAAUAAUAACCGGAGACGAGACUACCCCUCGAAAGAACCUUGGAGUAGUACAAGAGGUCCUGCUAAAAAUUACGAAUUUGCCCGAAACUUGAGUUUCUCAAACAAAACCGAACCACAUAAUGAAAAUUUACGCGAUCAAGGACGGGACCCAAUCGUGCAAAAGAAAAACGAAGAUUCACCUUCACCUUCAAGUUCAAGAAAAGAUGUUAUUCCCGAAACUACCCCUGAAGUAAACGAAACAGAGAAAAUGUGGCAUUACAAGGAUCCAUCUGGGAAAAUUCAAGGCCCGUUUUCAAUGGCACAAUUGCGUAAAUGGAACAAUAAUAAGUUUUUUCCUGUUGAUUUGAAAAUAUGGAGAAAGAGUGAGAAGGAAGAUGAUGGUGUUCUUUUAACCGAUGCAUUAGAGGGACGAUUUAAAAUUACAAUUACGCUCCCUGUUAAGUGGGGCCCAAAACAUGAUGAGAGAGAUGGUUUUGGUUUAGGUUUAGGUAGCCUUCCCUCUCCUACUCCCACUCCAAACCAAAGUAAGAGUAUGGCUAGUUCUUCAUAUCAUGGUGCCAACGAAGGGCUGAAGUCACCUACACCGAGUGCUAGUGGUCCCCGGAUGGUGGCAUUUGGUGGUGGUAAUAAUAUGCCGCCGCCAGUUGUUCAACCGGUUACCACCACCGAUCAAAGUCUUUCCGGUGGGCCUUAUGGUUGGAGUGGCGGUGCACCUCAUAAUCCACAACCGAGCCCCCAGUGGGGUGGUGGUGGUGGUGUACCGAAUAUGGUUCAGAAUCCUUCCGGAAACUUUCUGCCACCGCCACCUCCGGUUAAUCUGCCGCCGCCACCACCAGCACCGCCACAACAACAACCAAAUGUAAGUUGGCAACCUCCUCCAGGAAAUCAAAACAUGAAUUGGGGAGUUAAUGUUCAAGGUCCACAAUUAACAGUGAAUUCCCCAUGGGGUUUGCAACUGCAAGCAGGUGGUGGUAGUGGUGGUGGUGGUGGUUGGGUUGGUCCACUACCACCAACGCCAACACCAGCACCGGGUCAAGGGUGGGUUUCUGGGAACCCUAGUUGGGUUCCUGGUGAGGUGAACCAGGGAGCAUCAUCCAAUAUGAUGAGCAGUGGAUGGGUUGGUGGGCCCAGUGAGAUAGGGUGGGGUCCACAGGCGAACCAGGGGUGGGGUUCCCCAACACCUAGGAAUCGAGGAGGCAUGUGGGACAGAAAUGAACAAAACUACAACAGAAGUGGGUUUUCAGGACAAAAGAGGAAUAGAGGUGGUGGUGGUGGUUAUACAAGGCACUGA